AUGGCGUUUCUAAAGAGACUUGUUCAAAGCAAAGGAGCUGUUCUAGAGACUAGAGAAAUUAUUGGUGAUCUCCGUCUCCAUGAACAAGAGCUACUGAGUGAAUAUCAUGCCGAUAUCAUUGUCAAUGCAAGCGGCAUAGGAGCCCGUGAGCUUGCAACCGAUAGUCAGAUAUUCCCCGUCCGCGGAGCAGUCAAGAAGAUCAGGAGGCCGGAGGGUUAUCCAGCGGACCAUGCGUUCCUCCUUCCAGCUCAGAUGAAUCAUGAUGGCUAUGGCUCGUCAAGGCGAUGUGGGAACGGACGACUGAGUUUCUGCCGGUCUUCGAGGAUGCAGACCAUGAGGCAUAGUCUCUUGCACAAGGCUUGCACCCCUUCUCUCAUUUGA